UACGUUAAAGUUUAGUUAAAGUUCCAAUUUAGAGGGGUCUCUUCUCAACCGACCGUUAGAUGGCACUGGGCAAACCCUAUUAAUCUUUAAUAAUAAUCCCUGGCAGUUAAAUUAUUAUUAGUCUCGAAGUCUUCGCGGCUACGAACCGUUUCUGCUUGGCGAUUGAAUUGAGGUUAAUUCAAGUGGUGUAAUUCGCAGUGUAAUUCGACGCGCGAAAAGAUGAUAAAAUCUAUUUUCGCGGGCUGCGGAAGGCACCGUCGCUGUUUGAGGUCGGCGCUGUAAUUUCGGUCACAACGGAGAUGGGAUUCGCAACCGUGCGAUACACGUGUGACACACAAACGAAAUGCCGGCUAUCGCGCGUUGCUCCGUAUCGUUGCUUUAUCUCGGUGCGCUCCAUUUGGCAUACGGCAGUGGUGCGAGCGAACCUUCAUGGAAAAUGCCCGAGAUUGAGGCCAAUGUCACCAGCGACGAUGUCACGGAAACGCAUCAGGCGAGCUGCAAGAUCGCGACGGAGGAAAUGGUCGCGGACGCGCGUGCUACCGUCACGAGGGUGCUCACUGGAGCUUGCAAGGCGGAAACGAUGAACGAAAAGUUCGCGAGCCUGGAGGAGAAGUUGACGAGGGAAUUCGCGGACAUGAAGUGGCUGCUUUACAGCGUCCUGGAGCAGUGUCCGGAUCAGUUGAAAAAUAUUCGGGAUGCUGUUUACGACGCCGAGACGCCCGACGAUUAUCCGUCUCCGCGACAGGACGAGAUAGACCGAUUCAACAACAGCCUGCAGAGCUUGUCGACGACGAGCGGUUCGACGAGCGUGUUCAUCUAUUAUUGGCAGGUGGAGAACUUCGACGGGAUGCUGGCGAGCUGGCCGACCGGUCGCUCGGUGCGCAGCCCUACCUUCCACGCCGGUCCAAGCGGCUACACCUUGUACCUGAGAGUCACGCCCAAAUAUUUCCCCGACGGUACGAUCUUCGUGGGUGUCGGAUUGACUCGCGGCCCUUACGACUUCGUUCUCGCGUGGCCGUUCCCAUUUAGGAUCCGUCUCGAGGUUUUAGAUCACUCGCCGAGAGAUAUGCGCGAGGACCGGCGAUCUCGUGUCUGGGAUCCGGCUACGCUCUGCACGGAACAUUUUUGGGGCCGGCCCCCGUUAACGGGGAAGCCUGACAAUCCAGAGUGCGUCGGAUUGAGUAUCCCCAGACGUGUCGUUCGAUCGAAACUACCGUCAGCGGUGUCUCAGCGACACUCCAGAUAUACCAGAUACACGUGGAACGGAGGUAUGCUGAUCAAACUUAUCGUUUACCUAUAAACUAUAUAAGAUAAAUAUAAAUAUAGUCAUCAAGUAAGAAUGUUUGUUACACAUAAUUGUACUCUUGCUAUAUUAUAUAUCACGACGAAAACAAAUAUACGCUUCUUAAUAUAUUUUCUUACUGCUUGUAAUAUUAUACGUGGAGUGAAAGAAA